AUGGAUGCCAUCGCAAGUGCCGGCCUCAAGAGGAAGUUUGAUGAUGUGGACGUGGGCUCGCCCAUUUCCAAUUCCGACGAUGAGCUCUCCAACAGCGAUAGCGCAGACAGCUGUGACAGCGUCAAUCCUCCAAGCUCCUCAGGCUUCAUUCCAACCUCCAUCUUAAAAAGGCAGAAACAGCUGCGUAGAAAGAACGUGCGCUUCGAUCAGGUGACUGUGUACUACUUCGCAAGGCGUCAGGGAUUUACCAGCGUUCCUAGCCAAGGGGGCAGUUCCCUGGGCAUGGCCCAGCGGCAUAACUCUAUCCGCAGGUAUACCCUGGGUGAAUUUGCCCAAGAGCAGGAAGUGAAUCACCGGGAGAUCCUUCGAGAACACCUGAAGGAGGAGAAGCUUCAUGCCAAGAAAAUGAAGCUGACCAAGAACGGAACUGUGGAGUCAGAAGAGGCUGAUGGUUUGACCCUUGAGGACGUCUCAGAUGAUGACCUCGAUGUAGAGAACGUGGAGGUGGAUGACUACUUCUUCUUACAGCCACUGCCUACCAAGCGGCGGCGAGCUCUACUUCGAGCCUCUGGUGUCCAUCGCAUCGAUGCAGAAGAAAAACAAGAACUUCGGGCCAUCCGCCUCUCACGGGAAGAAUGUGGGUGCGACUGCCGGCUGUACUGUGACCCUGAGGCCUGUGCCUGUAGCCAGGCUGGAAUUAAAUGCCAGGUGGACCGAAUGUCCUUCCCAUGCGGCUGUUCCAGAGAUGGUUGUGGGAAUAUGGCUGGGAGAAUUGAAUUCAAUCCCAUCCGGGUGAGGACUCACUACCUGCACACCAUUAUGAAACUAGAGCUAGAGAAUAAACGGCAGGUGAGCCGGGCCCAGACUCUGGAUGAAGAGACCCCUCAUAGCUCCGGCAGUGACUGGCUGGGAAGCCAGUCGCCAGAGACCCAGGAUUUCCAGGAGUUCAUGGCGGAGAAUGAAACGGCAGUCAUGCAUCUUCAGACAGCUGAGGAGCUGGAGCGGCUGAAGGCUGAGGAAGACUCUAGCAGUGGCUCCAGCAUGGAAAGCCUGGGGGUGUGCAUUUUGGAGGAGCCGCUUUCUGUCUCCGAAGGGAUGUGCCCAAGCCUCGCCACGCCAAUCCUCAUUCAAGCUCAGCUGCCACCAGGUUCCUCUGUUCUGUGUUUCACGGACAGUUCUGAGCAAGCCAGCUCAGCUGAGGGCAGCCAACCCUACUUGAACAAUGGGCCUGUUGUGUACUAUCAGGUUGACCAAAGGUCAGUGCUGGGGGUGAAGGGGGAAAAUAGAGCAGAGGAGCCUGAGGGGACCCCUCGUUACACAGAGGAGAAGGAGCUAAGCAUCUACUCUGUCCCUGUGACUUCACUGGUGUCUUGUGGCAGAGCCACAGCCACCAGCAGUGUAGAAACAGGGAAGGCUGCUGUACCCUUUGAGCCCCCGUCUUCUGAAAGCUGUCAGCCUGAAGUUCCUCUGCCAAGCUUGCCACUCCACACAGAGGUGCCACAAGACAGUUUGCGGCCCCAGAACAUGGUGCCGCAAUCUCCAGAGAGGGCCUGCGAGCUCCCCUCUUCUGAGGAAAGCUCUUUGGGCCCUCCUCUGACCGUGUGA